ACAGGUACCCUCUGACCUGCCUGCAAUGAGAUAAGUUGGCAGAAUUACACAGACGCCUUUGGAAGGCAGCCGGAGACAAGCAUUGCAGGGCUGCUCAACACAGCUCUUUAAAGAGCUCAUGGCUGGAAAACGAGGAGAACCUUGUUGACUUUGGCUUUGCUGUGGGGAGACCGAACUCCUGCCAUAAUUCAGCUCCUCUACCUGGCAGCAUGAAUUCCAGGCUUGGAGCCAGUCCUCUGUACACCAGCCUCUGGGACUUUGAGGCCAGGACACUGACAGAAAUCAGCUUCCGGGCAGGAGACCUCUUCCAGGUCAUCAGGCAAGAAGGAGAAUGGUGGUGGGCCAAGAAAGUCGAUGGCUCGAACAGGAUCCUAGCAGAAGGUUAUGUUCCUUACAAUUACUUAGCAGAGCAGGAGACCAUGGAGGCAGAAUCCUGGUUUUUUGGGCAGAUCUCACGUUCCGAGACCUUACAGAGGCUGCUGUCAGAAAAGAACAAGGCCGGGGCCUUUCUAAUCCGAAUCAGUGAGAAAAAAGAUACUGACUACGUGCUUUCAGUUCGGGAUGACUCAAUUGUGAGGCACUACAAGAUCUGGCGGAACUCCCAGGGGAACCUCUACAUGAACGCUGCGCUCUCCUUCCCAGAUCUGCUCAGCCUGGUGGAGCAUUACAAAGCGAAGAACCUCUCCCACGGCCUGAGACUGACAAUCCCCUGCUGGAAGCAAGAACAAGAGCCUCUUCCUCACUGGGAUGACUGGGAAAGACCCAGAGAAGAAUUCAGUCUGGUCAAGAAGCUGGGAGCUGGAUACUUUGGAGAAGUCUAUGAAGGAUAUUGGAAAAACAAGGUCAAAGUUGCAAUUAAAACAAUCCCCAAAGCUGACCUGACGUACCAGGCCACUUUCAAGAACGAAACCGAGGUCAUGAAGAAUCUGAGGCACAAGCACAUCCUCUCCCUCUAUGCCAUCUCUUCUGUUGGAGAUCCUGUCUACAUCAUCACAGAGCUCAUGCUCAAAGGAAACCUGCUAGAUUUUCUCCGAGCGUCAGAAGGGGAGCAUCUGGAAAUGACCGACCUGGUUGACAUGGCAUCCCAAGUGGCUGAUGGGAUGUGCUACUUAGAGUCUCAGAAUUUUAUUCACCGAGAUUUAGCUGCGAGAAAUAUUCUUGUUGGAGAAAACAACAUCUGCAAAGUGGGUGACUUUGGCCUGGCCAGGCUUAUCAAGGAUGAUGUGUACUUGUCUUACUCCCACAAUAUCCCCUAUAAAUGGACAGCCCCUGAGGCCAUUUCCCACGGACGCUAUUCCAUCAAGUCCGAUGUUUGGUCUUUUGGGAUCCUUCUGUAUGAAAUUAUCACCUAUGGGCAGAUUCCAUACCCAGGUAUGAGUAACAGCGAGGUUUGCAAAAAAGUCCAAACAGGUUUCCAAAUGUCCCGCCCGCCAAAGUGCCCACCCAUGCUCUAUGAAAUCAUGCGCAAGUGCUGGCACCUCAGUCCAGAUCAGAGGCCUGACUUCCAGUACCUCAAAGGGAAACUCUACAGUUUCACGCUCUAUGAGAACCCAGGCCGAUAGCUGCACCAGGAGCCUUCUCUUUCUGUUUCCUUUCAUCUCUUUUGAAGCCUGACAUUUCUGUUAUAAAGACCUCGGGGAUAUGAAACCAAUAGCUCUCUGGCCUCUGAAACAAGUACACAAUGUAGCCUUGGAUAUCUGCAGGCUUUUCCUAGGUCAUUUUCUGAUAUACUAAGGAUACAUGCUUAAAGAACCGCUGUUUCCAGAGAAGAUUAAUCUAUUUCAGGAGCAAGGACUCAUGUCACUUAUCAAUCAUUUCACACACAAAUCUGAAGCAACACAAGCAAAACCAUUUGGGGUUGAUUCUCUCACUAUAAAAGACAAUAUAUUCCUUCUGUCCACCUUGCAAAUUCAUUUCAAGACUUCCUGCUGACCAGACCAUUGUAUAGUUACGCCUGCUCCACAGACGCGAUGGUGUUCUGUAAGACUUAAUUUUUGCAGUAAUGUUAGAAUGUGUAAAUGAUUAGCAAAAUCUAUGACAAUAAUCUACAUGUCCCGGGGGAACUUUUAUUGGACUCCACGGUGAGGAAUAACAGAAUGAUCAG